UGGGGACGAGACAGAGAGAGAGAGAGGGAUCGAGACGUGAGGCCACCUCCGCCUGGUGGGCGAUGGGGCAGGGAUAGGGAGAGAAGCCCGCCAAUGCACAUGAGAGGACGAGGGGGAGGGCCAGACCCUUACCCAUCACAUCGCCACCCCUCCAACCGGUACGACCAGCCAUCUCACCAUCGACGCUCCAUCUCUCCACCACCCACCGGCGCAGGCGGCUUCGCAGCUCGACGCUUCGAAGAUGGCGGCUACAGGGGUGGUGCAAGUGGAGAUGACCCUUACACUCCAUCUCGCGACCGAGACUAUCGCGAUCGCGGGGAUCGUGGACGAGGCGACGGCUUUCGUGCUCCCCUGCCCCGUUCACGAGAUCGAUCCCCUCCUCCUUCAGCUCAUCGCGGCACACCUCGAGGUGGCCCGCCAAUUACAGGCUGGGGGCCAUCGCGCGGACGUCCCAGUCUAUCUCCCCCUCCAGCCGGGCAUGAUCGUUACCAUACGCCUCGAGGUGGAGGGCCAAGAGCUCGCUCACCUCCGCCGCACGAGCUUGGGAUCAGAGGGAGUGCUUCAAGGGUUAGUGCUGGGCGAGAAAGUGCAGCAUGGGGAGCCGGAACCUCUUCGAAUGCUACGCCGGUCGGUGGAGCUGGACGUCCGCCGCCUGCGGGCGUGUCUCCUUCACCCGCUGCAGCUGGGCCUGGAGCAGGAGGUGGGACAAACACAAUUCCUACCGGACCGAGGGCAGGAGGGUGGGGACCUCGAGGAGGAGGGCCGCUGGGAGCUGGUGGUCGAGGCGCGAUGUCUGGCAGGGGUAGAGGUCGUGGCGGCUACUUCGGCAACGGCACCGGAGGGAUGGAAGACGGUCCAGCACGCAGCUUGGCAAGGAAGGUUGAUGCAGGAGGGAACGCCAUGACGCCAGAUCUGAUGAUGCCCGUUCACGAGCACUCGCAGGACGCGCCGCCCGCAAUCGGAACAGGUGGGAGCCAAGCUGUACAGCCGGUCAGCCAGA